AUUUCCUUUCUGUAGUACAUAAUUCACAUCGUCAAUUUCGUCGAUCUGCUUGUCAUCUUAUCCGCUGAAAGGGUUCCCGUCGCCGAUGAACUUCGCGCCUGGCUGCCCAUGACCGUCGUCGACCCGCUCGCUAUGUCGCCAGCGUUUGCCAUUGGCACGCUCCUCAUGGUUAUCGGUAGCCUCAUCCGAUCCGUCUCCUACAAAUAUCUCGGACGCCACUUCACUUUUCAGCUCGCCAUCCAAAAAAACCACAAGCUAAUAACAAGUGGUCCGUAUUCCGUUGUUAGACACCCUGGCUAUACAGGAGGCUGGAUCUACAUGGUGGGCGUCGUUAUCAGCCAGCUUGGUCCUGGCUCGCUCUACGCUGAGCUCGGGCUUUGGAGGAAUCCGCUUGGCUUUCUCGCAGGCGUGUGUCAGAUCGCGUUCACGGUGCACAUCUCCUUGACGUCUAUUUUCCGAAUGCCAAAAGAGGACUUGGCGCUGCUAGAGGAGUUUGGGGAUGAAUGGCUCGCAUGGGCGAAGCACACUCCUCAUCGCUUCGUCCCUGGUGUCUACUAAAUCGUUGGUGACCUUAUGUGGGUAAUCAGCACAACC